AUGACAUGUCAUCCACAGCAGAGUCAUUUCAUAACUGUAAGAGAAUUUGGUAAUAGUACAUUAUAUCCAGGCAAACAGACCGUCGAGUCAAUUACAAAUGUACUUGCCGAUGAUUUCGCUCAGCGUAUACUUGAUGCAUGUCGAGAUGUUCUUUAUCCGGACAGUGAUCAACAUUCGUUGGAUACUAUGUGUGGUCGCCCUUAUGAUCGGUGUACAAAAGAAUCAUUGUUUAAUUAUUUAGGUCUCGACAAUCCUUUACAACCUUUUCCAAUAUAUUUCAAUUUAACAAAUAAUACUUGUCAAAAUAAUUAUUACAACCAAUCAACAUUUCAAUGUAACGAACCGGUUCAUACUCAAUACGAAAAUCAACCCAUGUGUGAUCAUUCAGAUUGUCCGAAAGCACCACCUAAACCAUCUCCAUCUGAUGUACCGGGCAAAUAUUCAAACAUAUCGAUUCGUACGACAGAAUUAAUCAUCGUACCUGAUAAUCAAACAUUUCAAACUCACUAUUAUCUAUCUCCACCUGGUCCACUCUCUGAGAUUGUGGUUGGACCGGCACUUGACCUAAAUUUUCUAACACAAGUGCUCGAUUUGCAAACAAAUAUUCUCAAUCUUGAAGGUUAUCUGCCACCAGAUAAUAUUUCUGUCCGUUUGACCGAUAUCUGUUUGAAACCAAGCAAUACCAAUUGUGCAGUUUUUUCUGUUCUUCAAUAUUUUCAAAAUUCACGCGACAAUCUUAACAAAAGCAUAGGUGAUAAUUUCUUUCUAUAUGCCGAUUAUAUCACACAUAUAUUUCAAUGCUCAAAAAAAAAACCCUCUCUUAAUGAUGCAUUACUAAAUAUUUCGUGUUUUUCUGAUUUUGGUGGCAUAAUUCAUCCAACUGUAGCAUUUUCGAAUUAUCCGAAUACGAAACAUACUAUCGAAGCUAAAGGAUUAGUUAUUACUAUUAUCAUCGAGAAUUCAAAUAAACCUGAAAAAAUUCAAAAAGGUAAGUUAUUAUUUAAUUUGUCAGAAUUUGACGUUCAUUUAAAUGAUCUAGCUGAAGCAUGGGAAAAAGCCUUUAUAAAUUACAUGCAAAAUUUCACUGCUAUUCAAGACUCGUUACGUGCUGAAAAUCGUUUGAAUGAAUUGGCAAAUUUUACUGUAUACUACAGUAAUGAACAGUCUAUUAAAAAUGAACUUAAUACUAUGCUUUGGUCAAACAAUCAAUCAAAUAUCAAAUGA